AUGGCGGCGGCCCCGGCAGACCCGGGUUCUGUCCCCGCCGGCGGCACCCGGUUCUUCUGCACCGCGGGCCGCGGCCUGGAGCCGUUCUUGAUGCGGGAGGUGCGCGCGCGGUUGGAGGCCACGCAGGUUGAAUAUAUUUCAGGAAAAGUGUUUUUCACCACCUGUUCAGAUUUGCCCUCUAUGAAGAAGUUAAAGUCAGCGGAAAGGCUGUUUUUGUUGAUUAAGAAGCAACUUCCCAUUGCAGUCUCUCCUCCGCACAAAGGGAGAAUACUUAAUGAGAUGCAAAGAUUUGUAAAUGAUGAUCCAGGAAGUUGGCUGGAGGCCAUUUCACUUUGGAAAAAACUUCUCAAACAUGAUCCAAAAAGAGAAAAAGUCUCCCAAAGGGAUUCUAACCCACUAAAACGGAAAGCAGGAGAAAAUGAAAUUAUCAUUGCUAAGAAAUUAAAAGUAGAGGAGAUACAAGUGGUUGCUGAGAGUCAUGGAGAAAGCCAGCAGGACAAACUUCUGCCAGGCUCACUGGAGCAAGAGGGAGCUGUCACUAGAACAGAGCUUCAAGAACAGAGACUCAAUAGUGCCACAGAGAAGGCCGCCGAUGCGCAGGACCUGGAGGACAUGACCUUCAGGGUUUCCUGUCGCUGCACCGGGAACGUCAGAAAGGUCAUCACCGGACAGGAGGCAGGAAGAGUGAUUGGACUUGCUCUCAUGAGGCAGUUUGGAUGGAAAGCUGAUUUGAGGAAUCCAGAUAUAGAGAUCUUCAUGCACCUGAGUGAUGCUUACUCUGUGGUGGGGAUUCCUCUGCUCAGAGUUCCCUUAGCCAGCAGAACUUACAUCCAGACAGCUGGGCUGCGGUCAACCAUAGCGUGGGCCAUGGCGUCCAUUGCAGAAAUUAAGGCUGGAGCACUGGUUUUAGAUCCAAUGUGUGGCCUUGGGACUAUACUUGUGGAAGCAGCUGAAGAGUGGCCAGAUGUAUUUUACAUGGGUGCUGAUGUGAGCGACACACAGUUACUUGGUGCAUGUGACAAUCUGAAGGCUGCAGGCCUUGCAGACAGGAUUGAGUUACUUAAAGGCUCUGUUACAGAUUUACCAUUGCCAUCACAGAGUACGGAUGUUAUUAUUUCUGACAUUCCAUUUGGGAAAAAAUUUAAGUUAGGAAAAGACAUCAAAAGCAUUCUACAAGAAAUGGAAAGAGUGCUGCGUGUUGGUGGAGCCAUGGUCUUGUUGCUCAGUGAAGAUCACUGCCGGCAUCUUACAGACUGUGGAGGCAGCAGCAUCCCCCUGACUUCCCAGGGUCACAUUGCUGACCCUGAGAUGAAGAUGCUUUUGAAUCCUGACAGAACUGGUGCACCAGACACAGCAUCACCUUCACAAAAAGCAAGUGGCUUGCCUUGUCUGGGCAGGAUGUUGCCCUGUGGCUCAUUGGUACCGGUGGAAUCCUUCAAAGUUAGCCUUGGAAAAACAGAUGCAUUCAUAUGUAAGUAUAAGAAGGCACACGCUUCGGGACUGUCUUCAGCUGAAUGCCACGAGCCAGGUGCGCACACUGACGUGGCAACGGCACAAGAAUCCCCUUCUCCCCAGGAUUCCUUAUAAGCCCGGAGCCCCAAGAGCACAGCCUUUCUGGGUGGAUGUGGCCAGAAACACUCUUGUCAAAUAAGACUUCCUGCUGUGGACUCUCCAGUAUCCAGUUCUUGANGGAGAANAGCUGUGUACUGGCUAGUUUUGUGUCAACUUGACACAGCUGGAGUUAUCACAGAGAAAGGAGCUUU